GUAUAAAUACAGGAGGGAGGACGAAGUGCACGGCACAUGUGAGGAGGAGGACGGAGAGGAAGAAGAGGAGCUCACCAGGAGAGAAACAGUUUAACCGAGAGAGAGAAAGAAGCUGCUGGAGGAGAAAAGAUUUUGGACACCGGAGAAGAAGAGGAAGUGAAUAUUUCCUGUGGGAUCUUAAAUCGUUUUUGAAAUUAUUUUUGGUGAUGGAGAGCGUACGCGCUGCGGUCUACCUGUCCGUCUGUCUGUCCGUGCUGACAUCCCUCUGUCAGGGUCAGAGAUCAGCCGACAAUCAGCUGCCGUCUGCACCAGACGAACCAGUCCUCGGACUCACAACCAAAGAGCUGGCCGAAGCUCUGCAGGGUCUCCUGGAUGAAGCCGACAGCAGCGUCGGUCUCUCCGUGGAGAAGAAAGCCAGCGUCAUCCCCCGGUGUGAUGUGGGCGAGCGCUGCGCAAUGAAACAUGGACCUCGCAUCGGUCGACUGUGCGACUGUCUGAGAGGAACAGCCUGCAACACCUUCUUCCUGCGCUGCUACUGAACAUACAAAUACACACACACACAC